AUGGCUAAGACGUGGUCGGAUCGAGAUGCGCCAAGAGAUGCCAUUGCUUCCGGCAUGGUAUCAUCUGGAACUGUCACAGCUUUACGCAACAUUCUCCGCAAACAUGAUGCUUCGACCGCGCCUAGUGCUGUCGAGACCGAACCAGUGGUGCGCAAGCCAUCUCGAAUCACGGCAGCAGCGAGCAAGACCACAGGCACUGCGAGUAAAACUGUGCGCAUACGCGAGGAUGCCACAGGUCAACUUUCUCCGAAGGCCCAGUACGCGCUGGCCACGGAGAUAGUCAAUGUUAGUCUAAAGCAACUUAACACAGCCUGCAGGGCCAAGCAGGAGCGAAGGCUACAGAGAGGCGCAGACGUCCAAUGUCUAAGCCCGUCCUCCAAGCAGAGUGGGCGUGGGAAGCCUCUACAGCCAGGGUCUGGAAACACUCCGUCGAAAGCGCGUGACGAUACCGAGCGAGCGCAAAAGGCCCGCUCAAACAAUCGAACAGCAGAGAACAUAUCGCGGCUAGCCGCCACAGCUGAAUGUGCCAGGCUGGCCUUCUCCUAUUUGCGCUCUACAAAGCCGCAAACUGUCGGCGCCAAGGAGCUCCCCUUAUGGCAGCUCGAAAAUGGCAUGCUUACUCUCGCUAGCAAUCUGGUCAGGCUGGACUUAGGAGACCUUGCCAUGAAGGAGCUCGCUGCUCUCAAAGGCAGACUACUCGUCCAUACAUUAACAUCCGCCGAUGAGGUAACGAGCCCUGUCGGAAAAGAGACGCUUGCUUCUCUACUGUACUUGGAUGACCGCUUGAGUAGUGCUCCGGAAGCACUAAAGCUUGCAAUCUCGCAUCAGAUGUUGACUCUAAGACUUAUCGCGGCGUUACAGCAGCCUAAAGUGAUCGAAGCGGCUGCGCCAUUCUUGGAUCCCGAAUGGGCCAACUCCCCAGCAAGCCUGAUCGAAAGGUUACGGGUCAGUACUGGCGAUGAUGCUAAAGCAGCGAAGGACUUGGAAAAUCUGACGCGGGUACUGCUGGUAUUGUGUCCCAGUGCAGGCCCAGCUCACGACGCCGCGGCAAGCGAUCAGAAUCAGGUCGCUAACCCACGUACCGUCUUCCAGCUGCAAGUAGCGGCCCUGACGCUGCGGAAACGAUGGUGGCGGCUCGCUGGUCAUCAAGGCGACUCCAGCAGGGACCUGGUCAAGCCACUCUCCAGCUAUGCGUCAGCUCUGUCUCGGCGAGCCAGUCAUCAGCACCAAGACUCGUGGCUCCUGAAGACCAUCGAUGAGUGCCUGAAAAACCUUGACAUUGACUUCAACCCUGACGAUGAGUGGACGAACGACGUACGAGGCAUUAUGUUGGAGCGGCAGCUGUCUCAAAUACUGGAGAAGGUCCGGAGUGCCAAAUAUCGGGCAUCGCUGCAAGCGGUACUACCUGGGCUUCUACAACGCCUCGCUGACACCUAUAACAUCGCCGAUUACCCACUUAGGCGCAUGCGUGUCGCUACUGUUGUGAUGCAGUUGCUCGGAGGCUAUCCGGACCUAGUGCCUACUGACAUGAUGAAAAUCUGGUCGAAGCAGGCUCCGCUUGAAGGUGGCCAUCUUGCAAAGGAUGAACGUCUGCAAUCGUACGCGAAUGACAUCCGUGGUGCAUGGACGAUCACUAAAGCGUUGUCUGAGGGCACAUUGAGUUCAACGGUCACGCGGCCGACACUGCUCGUCUGGCAGCGUAUGAUAGACGCCGCUAAGUCGCUCGGCGAGCUUAGCGACCGAGUCUAUAAUCCUGGCACCUUAACGUCAAUGCUCCACAGUGUGGCUGCCUUCUUCGGCAUGCUGGGGGAUGAGCACUCACGUUUGGCUACGCUCCGAAUGUACCAUAAGCUCUUGCUGCUCGCCUGUCCAGGUAGUGAGCAGGAGUACUUAGUUUCAGCUGACCUCGCCCAGCAGUAUUUAGAGCUUGGCCUGUGCGACAAAGCCUGCUCGAUACUUGAUCAAGUCACUGUUUCGGCAAACAUGGGCAAGACGUCACGGGCCAUCGAUAUGCGGCUGGCUUUAGUCCGUAUACAGUAUCAUAUUGCCGUUACUAAUUACGAGGGCGCCCAGUCGUGCCUUGAGCAAGCUAAGAAACUCCGUGACAACCUCUCUCUGGAAGGUAUCAGCGGGAGCGACCGCCAGGCCUUCGAUGGCCUACAUGCCUACGCCUGGAUGCUGCACUCGAAGCUGCAGCUUCAAGUCGGGAGUUUUGCAGAGGCUUUACGUGCUGGUAAGCGAUCGGUGAAGCUUUUCAAUACUAUCUGGACUUUACUUGAGCGGUCUGGCAGUAGAAGGCCUUGUUCCAUGGAGAACAAGUCAGAUGCGGUGGCAGAGUCCGAGUCCGAGCUGAACAAAGUGAUUACCGGAGUUAGCAAGCUUCACUUGCAACCCAAGGCUUCAGAAGGGGAUGCUCCGGAUACCGUGGCUAGACGAAAGGGGCCACGCUUUUGGUCCGUUGUACCGAAGCUUGUACACGCAUUGCUGCAUCUGGGUGACUUGUACACGCAUCACGGAUUGUUCGCCGAUGCGGAUUAUUACUCGCAGCGCGCAAACACCAUUGCCGAGUCUGUCCCAUCACCGAAGCUGCUAUGCCGAGUAAGAAUACAUCGGGCGCGCCUACUUAUGCUCGCACACCGGCUAGAAGACGCUGAACUAUGGUUGACGAAAUGCGAACCGGACAUCCAGCACUGUGACUGCAACACGAUAGCUGAGUACUUCGCCACAAAAGCUGCAAUUCGAGUGAAAGAGGGUGUAUUGGAGGAGGCACGUCGACUGUAUCUGCAAGCUACCAAAGUCCUUGAUGAUCUGCAGUCGGAGCCGUACCUCCACCCAAUGGACGUUUUCGAGCAUGACAAAUCCGAGCUAGUAAGAGUAAUGCAGCAGGCCUAUUUCACCUCAGACAUAGAGGAUCGUGGCGAGCGUAUGCACACAAGCAAGGCCGCCAGAGCAGUACGCGGCAAAGCGAAGAAUGCCGUUACACCUUCAAGCGAAUCAUACCGAGAGCGGGCGAAGACGGCGAAUGAGCUGGAAAGGUCGAAGCAAAAGUCUUCGCAACUCACGCAGUCAGAACUACGAGCAAGCAUCGCAUUCGAAAGUGCCCUGAUAUGUCUGCACCUAGGCUCUGAGACGGAAGUGCAGGCGUAUCUGAGACAGCCAGGAACGCCGUCACGCCAGGAGACUAACAGACGACUAGUGUUGCAGUACCACACCGUAAUGCAAAAGGCCGCCCUCGCCAUACAAGCGGAUAUCUCUCACGCUAUCCUUCCAGAAGCCUCACUUGCUCUUCCAGCCGUCAGAUAUCCGGGCAGGCAGAGCAGUUCUCUUACUAGUGACAGCAGCUCAGACCGUCAACCUCCCUCUCAUAAGCCUGUUGUGAAGAAAGGCCGCCCAAAGCCUAGCAAGCAACAGCACUACUCAGAUAUACUUCUCGAGGCGCGAAGUUGCCUCCUUCCGUGCAACGACUUCCCAGCAGCCUCGGUGCCUACGGCAUUUGCAUAUCGUCACAGCUCCCUGCUCUCCGCGGUAACGAUGCUGCUAUCAGCUGCCGCAUCUCUGCACCCCGAGCACGCAAUGCACCCUCUUCAGCACGCGCUCCACCUUGAGCAGCCCAAAAAUCAUGCCCGCCAAUGCGAAAUGAACGCUGUCGGUAUCGAUCACGAACAAGCGGCAAUAACCGCCAGUCACUCGUGGCCUGAGCCGCGCCCUCACUCACAAGCGCCUAGCUCCUCUGCUGCGGAGUUCCAGAAGCGCUUCGUCGACAUUCUUCCCUCCUCCUGGGCUGCAGUAUCUCUCAGUUUGAACGAUGACUGCACGGAGCUCUAUGCGGCGCGGUACAAAGCCGGCCAGACUCCUCUUCUCCUGCGGCUACCGUUCUGUCGCCACAAACCGGACGUUGAGGAUGAGGUGGCCUUUGACUACCAGAGAGGCAAAGCCGAGCUGCAAGAGAUUAUCGAGACCUCGAACUACAGUUGCCACAACUCUGGAAGCGCAGACACUAAAGGAGCAAAGAGCAACUGGUGGAGCGAACGGGAAGCGCUUGACCGCCGCCUACAUGAGUUACUUAUCAAUAUGGAGAACAUCUGGCUUGGCGGAUUCAAGGGUGUGUUUUCACAACAUUCGAGACGUUCUGAGCUCUUGGCAAGCUUUCGUAGGUCCUUGGACGGUAUCCUAGCGAAAUACCUGCCAUCUCGACAGGGUGUGAAGAGCCGCGUUGAUAAUGUCGAGCUCAGUGACGAGACGCUCGAGCUGUUCAUUAGUCUCGGCAACGUCGAAGAAAGCACGUCCGACCUCGACGAGCCACUUGCAGAUCUUCUUUACUUCGUCAUCGACGUACUGCACUUCAACGGCGAGCCUAAUGCGUAUGAUGAAGUUGAUUUCGACGGGUUAUCAAUCGAGGUGCUAGAUGCGCUCAAAGCAUAUCACGGCGCUGCCGUAAGUGACAAGCAAGGCGAUCAACAUCUGGUGCUUAUUCUGGAGAAGCGUCUACAAGCAUUUCCGUGGGAGAGCCUGCCCUAUCUUGAAAGCGCCAGCGUCAGCCGGGUUGGCAGUAUGUCAACGCUCAGAGAAUGCAUACUGGCUAUGCAGCAGCGACGUGGUGCAGACACGGAGCAGUACAGCAUCAGUCUGCGGGCUGGCACGUAUAUUCUAAAUCCUUCCAAAGACCUCGUCAACACCCAAGCAACACUAGGGGCGCCGCUGUCAAAGCUGGCGGAGGCAGAUAGUGCUGCAUGGACCGCCGUCGUAGAGCGCACGCCGAGCGAGAAAGAGUUCCGAGAGGCACUUACGCGUUCCUCAAUGCUACUCUACUUUGGUCACGGCGGGGCUUCGCAAUACAUUAGGCCGAGAUCGAUUAAGAGACUGGACAGCUGCAGUGAAGUUGUCUGGCUAAUGGGCUGUUCUUCCGGUGCGGUUACAGAAUACGGCGAGCUCGAACCUUUCGCGCUCCCUCUGGCGUACUUGAUGGCCGGACAAAGCUCGCGGAAGGUUGAUGGACAAUGUGGAAACGAGCAGCAACAGGCGUCAAGCCGCCGCUGUAUGGCAGUUGUGGCCACUCUCUGGGAUGUCACGGACAAGGAUAUUGAUCGUUUCUCUUUGGCAGUGGGAGAGCAAUGGGGACUGUGGCCUGCAUCAGAAGCGUCCAAGCUGCCCGCAAAAACACAUAAAAAGCGCGAACGCCUGGUUGCGCCGUCGACCCCACAGCAAGUACACAAGACACCCAAAGCUCCUCGAACAGCAAAGACAACCGCUGCCACAGCGAAGACACCAUGUCUGAGCCAGGGUCGGAGUGAGCUACGACAGCAGCCGGAUGACCGCAGCUACCCUCCGCCCCGUGACCGCUCUCGCUCGCCAGGUCCGGACCGCGAUGGCGACAUCAGGGUUCGCGAUGAGCCAUCCAACGGGCGCAGUGACCGCGGCCCACCACCGAAGAGAGGUCAAGACGACGACGAUGACGAAUCGAUCAAUCCCGGAUCUAAUCUCUUCGUCACCGGCAUCCAUCCACGUCUUAGCGAGGACGAGAUCACGCGUUUGUUUGAGAAGUAUGGCGCCGUGGAAAAGUGCAACAUUAUGCGUGACCCACAUACCCGCGAGAGCCGCGGCUUCGGCUUCGUGAAGAUGACUACUCCCGAAGAGGCCGAUGCGGCGAAGGACGGAUUGCAAGGCGAGGUGUACGAAGGCAGGACGCUGAGCAUCGAAAAGGCGCGUCGCGCUAGGCCACGCACGCCCACCCCCGGCAAGUACUUCGGACCACCAAAGAGGGAUGAGCGCCCUGCGCGUGGUGGGGGCUACCGUGACCGCUACGACGAUCGUGGCAGUGGCUACGGCAGGCGCGACGACUACCGCAGCGGCGGGCGCGGUGGAGGCGGCGGAUAUCGUGAUCGCUACGACGAUCGCGGCCCCUCGCGUCGGGAUGACUAUGCUCCGCGCGGUGAUCGCUAUCGUGAUGAUCGCUACGGAGACCGUCGCGGAGGUGGUGGCGGCGGCGGCGGCUAUGGCUACGAGAGAUCGUCGCGUGGCCCACCUGCAGAAGGCGCACGCUAUGGUGGCGAUUCCGCUGCUCCUCGUGACCCGCCACCCGCUCGUAGCUACGAUGACCGCCCUCGCAACUAUGACUAA